AUGACCUCACAAGCUCAACUCCUCCCGUCGCUAUACGCCCUCCUCCCUGCUGAGCAGCUCGAGCUCAUGCUCGCGCGCCUCUCCAACGCCGCUAUCAACGUCGAGCCAUACCACGUCCGCGAUGGGGUGUAUUCCAACCUGCACCCGGUUAUUCCUGGACAGCACCGCACGUUGAGGUUGAGAGGCCGCAAGCGCCGUCGCCGCCGUACGAGGGGGACGCCGCGGUGGGCUGGUGGACUCGAGGAGCAAGUCGUCGAUCGGUGGGAGUACUCGCUUGCGUGGAUGAGCCCGCCGCUCCAGGGGCGCGAGUAUGCGGAUAUGCGCGUGCAGGCUUGUAUUGCGCUCGAGGUGGCGGGGUUGAGUACGCGCGACGAGAUCGAGGAGUAUAUUGAGGGGCUGGGGUUUGAACACGUGCACAGCUCGACCCGUAUCGGACACCUCUUCUCCCUCCCCAUCGCGGGAUAUACCACCACACUCCACCUCACGGUCACGCGUGUGCUCGGUGACGACGCUACACCCACCAAGACGUCCGAACCGUACUUUGUGCAGCUGACGCCGGCGCGGCCCGUCAGCACCACAGCCGAGCGCGGGCUCCUCACGCUCCAGGACGCAAUGCGGGUUAUGCAGGACGCGGCUGGGCGGAUUGAGGGACUCAAGUGGGAGACGGGCCAGGAGAGGGGCAUUGCCCAGACGAAGCGAUAG